AUGGAUCCGAGGAUCGCCUGGUUCCAGCCAGAGCAGCUCGGACCGUCCAACAGUCUGUGGAUGCAGAUCUGGGAGACGACCCAGGGACUGAGGAACCUCUACUUCAACCACCACUGUCACAGCAGCGGCGGCGCGAGCGGCGGCGGCGGCGGCAGCAGCACGGCCACCGGCGGGAGCGGCAGCAGCACCGGCAGCCCGGGUGGCGCGGCCCCGGCCCCGGCCCCGGCCGGCAUGUACCGUUCCGGGGAGCGCCUGCUGGGCGGCCACGCGCUGCCGGCAGAGCAGCGGGACUUCCUGCCCCUGGAGACGACCAACAACAACCACCACCACCACCAGCCCGCGGCCUGGGCCCGCCGGGCUGCCGCGGGCCCCUCGGCGUCCCCGUCCCCCUCAGCGUCCUCGUCCCCGCACUCCUCGGCCGCCGUCCCCGCCGCGGAACCCGCCGACCCAGCUUCGGGCAGCAGCAACAAGAGGAAGCGCGACAAUAAGGCCAGCACCUACGGACUCAACUACAGCCUGCUGCAGCCCAGUGGAGGGCGGGCCGCGGGAGGCGGCCGGGCCGACGGCAGCGGGGGCUUGUACAGCGGGACCCCGUGGAAGCGGAGGAACUACAACCAGGGAGUCGUGGGUCUGCAUGAAGAAAUAAGUGAUUUUUAUGAAUACAUGUCUCCAAGACCAGAGGAGGAGAAGAUGCGGAUGGAGGUGGUGAACAGGAUCGAGAGUGUGAUUAAGGAGCUCUGGCCCAGUGCUGACGUCCAGAUAUUUGGAAGUUUUAAAACUGGCCUGUAUUUACCUACUAGUGACAUCGAUCUUGUGGUGUUUGGGAAGUGGGAGAACCUACCCCUCUGGACCCUGGAAGAAGCUCUCCGGAAGCAUAAAGUUGCAGAUGAGGAUUCAGUGAAAGUUCUAGACAAAGCAACUGUACCUAUUAUUAAAUUAACAGAUUCUUUUACCGAAGUGAAAGUUGAUAUCAGCUUUAAUGUACAGAAUGGUGUGAGAGCAGCUGACCUCAUCAAAGAUUUUACCAAGAAAUAUCCUGUAUUACCAUACUUGGUUUUAGUAUUGAAACAGUUCUUAUUACAGAGGGACCUUAAUGAAGUAUUUACAGGUGGAAUUGGUUCUUAUAGUCUCUUUUUAAUGGCAGUGAGUUUCCUUCAGUUACAUCCCAGGGAAGAUGCUUGCAUCCCCAAUACAAACUAUGGUGUUCUCUUAAUAGAAUUUUUUGAAUUAUAUGGACGACACUUCAAUUAUUUAAAGACUGGCAUCCGGAUAAAGGAUGGUGGUUCCUAUGUGGCCAAAGAUGAAGUACAGAAAAAUAUGCUAGAUGGCUACAGGCCAUCCAUGCUUUAUAUUGAAGAUCCUUUACAACCAGGUAAUGAUGUUGGAAGGAGUUCAUAUGGGGCCAUGCAAGUGAAACAGGCCUUUGAUUAUGCCUACGUUGUUCUGAGUCAUGCUGUAUCGCCAAUAGCAAAGUACUAUCCCAACAACGAAACAGAGAGCAUAUUAGGUAGAAUAAUUAGAGUAACAGAUGAAGUUGCCACAUAUAGAGACUGGAUAUCAAAGCAGUGGGGCUUGCAGAAUAGGCCUGAGCCUUCAUGCAAUGGAAAUGGUGUUACCUUGAUAGUAGAUACUCAGCAGUUAGAUAAAUGUAAUAAUAAUCUAUCUGAAGAAAAUGAAGCCCUUGGAAAAUGUAGAAGUAAAACUUCGGAAUCUGUUAGUAAACACUCUUCAAACUCUUCAUCAGGUCCAGUGUCUUCCUCUUCCGCUACACAGUCCAGCUCUAGUGACGUCGAUUCCGAUGCGACACCGUGCAAAACCCCGAAACAGCUGCUCUGCCGCCCAUCCACUGGGAACCGGGUAGGGUCGCAGGAUGUGUCCUUGGAGUCCUCUCAGGCAGGCGGGAAAAUGCAGAGCACCCAGACCACUAACAUAUCCAACAGCACCAACAAAUCCCAGCAUGGAUCAGCAAGGCUCUUUCGUUCUUCCAGCAAAGGCUUCCAAGGUACAACCCAAACAAGCCAUGGUUCCUUGAUGACAAACAAACAACAUCAAGGCAAAUCAAAUAAUCAGUAUUACCAUGGCAAAAAGAGGAAACACAAGAGGGACGCCCCCCUCUCAGACCUUUGUAGAUAGUCGGCGUUGUAUGAUGGACUGUCUUCUGUGUGCAAUGAUCUCAUGCUCAGGACAGUUGGAUAGGGACUCCUGGGAAACAUUCGGGAGCCUUACACUGUUCAGACGUUGAUUUAGCAACUGCGUUUUUUCCCAGCUCGCCACGGAAUGGAUCAUGAAGACUGACAACUGCAAAAACAAAAAGCAAGCAAAAAAGGGG